AUGGUAACAUCACUCGCAUUCCGACAGCACGCUAGGAUACCAAAAAAUGUUGCGACCACGUCGUCCUGUCGCUUGUUCAGCGUCGCUUCGCGAGGCAGUUCCUGCAGUAGUUGCUCGACCAGUGCCUCAACAUCUUCACGAGGACCUCCUCACCGAUGUUGGGUAAAAAAUCCUCUUGUUGGUCGAGCGGCACGAAAUCCGCGUUCGCAAAGCGUUUAUUUCUCAACAUCAUCUUUUACAACAAACCGCACAUCAAUCCGCCACUUCAGCGACUUUUUCAAGGACAUCAAGCGCCCAGUUUACCCGCAAUACGCCACCGAUGCCGACGAACCACUGGAAAAGCCGCACAAAGUGAAAACCAUCGAGGUCACCUUCCCGGGACAGGAGAACAAUCCAUCGGCGAAACCGUUGAUCAAGCAAGUGGAUCAACUGAACCACAAAAGACUAGUGCAAGUUUUCCAGGAAUACGAGACGGAAAUCCCGGUGGAAGCGGCUUGUGACGGGAUCGCGGCCUGUUCCACCUGUCACUGCUACAUCCACGAAGAGGAUUACAAACUCUUCCCGGAACCAGACUACGCAGAGUUGGACAUGCUCGACCUCGCCGCGGACCCGGUGGAAGGGAGGAGUCGGCUCGCUUGUCAGAUGAAACUACACGAAUUCAAGGGUGGGGAAAACGGAAGGAUCAGGCUGACGUUACCGAGGUACUGUAACAAUCUGAUGGACUUCAUCCCGUUUGAGGAUCCGAAGUGAGAAGUAAGUACAACCGUGCGGCAAGUGGUCUAAGUACGAUGGCGUUCUGCAGCGGUAAAAAUAAAGAAACUUCUCGAUGAAUUCAAUUUCUAGGUAUAGUUUCUGACUGCAAAGGUACAUCGAUGAUGAGGCAACACCCUGGGUUAUUUGGUGCGAU